AUGGAAACUGUACUCGUCGUCGGAGCCUCUGGUAACAUAGGGGUUUCUGUCAUAAUUGCUGCUCUGCGAAGCGGGCGCCGAGUGCUCGCCAUCGUCCGAAACAAUGCCGCAGAACAAAAAAUCAUCCAACACGUUGGGACAAAGGAUGGAAUCACCUUUGUUGAGGCUCAGGUGACAGAUGAGAACAGCGUUCAAAAAGUGGUUGACAGAGUCAAGGCUGGCGGACUCCCAGAUUUCCAGCAUGUCUAUUCCGCCGUGGCCUAUCGAGCUACCAUUCCGUACUUGAUCGAUCAAGGAUAUCCUAACGCCACCUGGACGCUCGUAACAGGAUCGUUGGGUGACUUGGGUUUUGCUGGCGUCACGGCCAUAUCGCAAGGCGCACUUUUCUCCUUGGCAAGCGUGGCCUGCCUAGAGAACCUCAAGACCAAUGUCCGCUUCAAUGAGGUGUAUCUGGGCUAUCGCGUCGACUAUGAUUCGAUCGUCGAGAAGGAAGGAGGAGAUAAUCGCAUGAAAUCCUCCGAGUUUGCCCACGUCUACGAGGCUAUCCUUGCCAACCAGGAUAUCAGAGCUUGUAGAAUAACGGUUUCUGGCCCAGAAGACGUUCAUCAGCUCAAGUACAAAAAGAAGCUCCCGGAAUAUGACUACGACUCACUAUUUGCUGAGUAUAUGUGA